AUGGUCACAGAGCCCGGUGUGCACAGCAACACUAUGGGCAUCAAGGACAACGACUGCGGUUCUUGGCGAGAUGGUGACGACCCCAACACAGACGUCCACGCUAACAAAAAGCCUGAAAACCAGCACUCGCUCUGCACCCCUACAGAAACUGGCAACUCGCCCGUCGACCGCUCGCCGCCGCCUGAAUCACCUUUUCUUGGUGACAAUGCUGUCAACGCUGAUGAUGAUGGAGUAAAGACGAGUCUCAAGGGAAAGAGCUACGAGGACGAUGAAGAGGGCCACCUGGUCUACCACAUCGGCCUUGUGAUGAAAGAGAGAUAUGAGGUGGUGCUUACACUGGGAACAGGAGCCUUCGGAAAAGUGGUGGAGUGUAUUGAUAGACACAAAGAUGAGCGUGUAGCCGUGAAGAUUGUGAAGAACAUUGACUGUUUCCGUGAAGUGGCGAGGUCUGAGAUCGCAGUGCUGGAGGAGAUCAACAGCCUGGAUGAUGAUAAGAGAUUCGCCUGUGUGAGGAUGCUGGACUGGUUUGAACAUGAAGGUCACAUCUGCAUCGUGUUCGAGCUGCUAGGCCCCAGCACCUUCGAGUUCCUCCGGCAGAACAAGUUCCUGCCGUUCAGCGUGGAGCAGAUCAGACACAUGGCCUUCCAGAUCUUCAGAGCCGUCUGCUUCCUGCAUCGUAACAAGCUUACCCACACGGACCUGAAGCCAGAGAACAUCCUGUUUGUCAGCUCUAACAACGAUGAGACGAGGAGUGAGGAGAGGAAACUAAGGAGUUUGGAUGUGAAGGUGGUGGAUUUCGGCACCGCCACAUUUGACCACGAACACCAUGAAUCCCUGGUGUCAACACGCCACUACCGAGCUCCAGAGGUCAUACUGGAUCUGGGCUGGAACCAGUCGUGUGAUGUUUGGAGUCUGGGCUGCGUUCUCAUGGAGUUUUACCUCGGACGUACACUCUUCAUGACACACGACAGUAAAGAACAUCUGGCCAUGAUGGAGAAAGUCCUGGGUCCAAUCCCCCCCCACCUGCUGAAGCAGAGCAGAAAGCAGCAUUACGUGCACAACGAGCAUCUGAACUGGGACGAGUGCAGCUCCUCUGACGAUUACAUCAGGAAGCACUGCAAACCUCUCAAGCAGUACAUGCAGAGGAAGACUGAGGAAGAGAGGCAGCUGUUCGACCUGCUCAGCUGCAUGCUGGAGUACGACGUGUGCAGACGGAUCACCCUGGAGGAGGCGCUGUGGCACCCGUUCUUCAGCCCGCUGAGGAUGCAGCAGCAGCAACAACGCAGCUAG